AUCACUUACAGCCUUCUGAUCGUCUCUCAUCGUCUCUCUAGCUACACUUCCAUUCCAUCUACUUUCCAUCCUCUGCAGUAUUAUUUUCUUUGCUAUUUCAAAUAUGGCUGAACAAAUUCCAUUCGGUAUUGCUGAGAACCUUUUGAUGAAGCUGGGCUCUGCUGUUUUCCAUGAAAUUGGAUUAAUGUAUGGUGUCGGAGGUGAGCUGAGAAAGCUUAAGGAGAAACUGUCCACCGUCGGAGCUGUGCUUCUUGAUGCUGAGGAGAAGCAGGAGACCAGCCACGCAGUAGCAGAGUGGGUCAGGAGGCUUAAAGAUGUUGUGUAUGAUGCUGAUGACUUGUUGGACGACUUUGCAACCGAAGACUUGAGGAGAAAGACUGAUGAUCGUGGAAGAUUCGCGGCACAAGUGAGUGACUUCUUCUCACCUUUGAAUCAUCUUGCUUUUCGGUCUAAGAUGGCUCAUAGAAUAAAGGCUAUUAGAGAAAGGCUAGAUGAUAUUGCAAAUGAUAUCUCCAAGUUCAAUUUAAUUUCCGGAGUCAUACCUGAUGUCCCAGUAAGGAAUAGGGAGUGGCGAGAGACGAGCUCUGUUGUGGAGAAAUCUCAUAAAAUUGUGGGUAGAGAGGAAAACAAAAGGGAGAUAAUAGAGUUGUUGAUGCAAUCAAGUACUCAAGAAAGUCUGUCAAUGGUUGUGAUUGUAGGCAUGGGGGGCUUAGGCAAGACCACCCUUGCUCAGUUGGUUUACAACGACCAAGGGGUGGUAAGCUAUUUUAAUCUUAAAAUGUGGGUUUGUGUUUCGGAUGAUUUCGAUGUAAAAGUACUGGUUAGAAAUAUCAUAAAGUCUGCAACUAAUAGAGAUGUGGAAAACUUGGAGUUAGAUCAGUUGCAAGAACUCCUUAAGCAGAACUUAGAUGGGAAGAAAUAUUUUCUUGUGUUAGAUGAUGUCUGGAACGAGGACAAAAGGAAAUGGGGUCAGUUCAUAACCUUAUUGCCUGUUGGUGCAAAUGGGAGUAAAAUUUUGGUGACCACUCGAAGCACAAGAGUUGCAUCAGUUAUAGGAAUUGAUUCCCCAUAUAUUGUGGAAGGUCUUAAAGAUGAUGAGUCUUGGGAUUUGUUUGAAAGUCUUGCAUUUAAAAAGGGAGAAGAGCAAAUGCAUCCAAACCUUGUAGCCAUAGGAAAAGAAAUUGUAAAGAUGUGCAAAGGAGUUCCUCUGGUCAUCGAGACUUUAGGCGGGAUGUUGUACUUCAAUACCCAAGAAAGGCAUUGGUUGAGCAUUAAAAAAAAUAAAAAUCUUGUACUUCUUGGAGAAAAAAAUGAUAUUUUACCGAUAUUGAGGUUAAGCUAUGACAAUCUUCCCGUCCAUUUGAAACAAUGUUUUGCCUAUUGUGCAUUGUUUCCCAAAGAUUCUAUAAUUGAAAAAAAGUUGUUAGUACAACUAUGGAUGGCACAAGGUUACCUUCAACCAUAUGAUGAGAAUAUAGAUUUAGAGGAUGUUGGUAAUCAAUAUUUUGAAGAUUUAUUGUCAAGGUUAUUGUUUCAAAAAGUUGAAAAUGAAUAUGAUAACAAUAUGUUAAGUUAUAAAAUGCAUGACUUAAUUCAUGAUCUUGCACAAUCCAUUGUAGAGUCGGAGGUUAUCAUUGUAACAGAUGAUGUGAAGAUUAUUUCAGAAAGAAUUCAUCAUGUGUCAUUAUUUACAAAACACAAUGAAAUUUCCAAGGAUUUAAUGGGCAAAUCCAUCAGGACUUUCUUUAUGGGCCCCGUCAGGACUUCCUUUAUGGGCCCCAACUUUGUGGUUGAUCAUGAUAGUUCUAUAACUAGACUCCUUUCAAGCUUAAAAGGUUUGCGGGUAAUGAAGAUGGAGUUCCUACCAUUUAAGGCUGUGUCAUCUUUAGCGAAACUAAGCCAUCUAAGAUAUCUUGAUAUUUCUUUUGGGUCGUUUGAAACCCUCCCAAAUGCUAUUACAAGAUUGAAGCAUUUACAGACAUUGAAGCUUUUCUUUUGUUCCGAUCUGAAAGAAUUGCCGAGAAAUAUGAAAAAAUUGAUCAACCUAAGGCAUCUUGAGAUUGAUGAAGAAAAUAAAUUAAGUUAUAUGCCACGUGGGUUGGGAGAUUUGACUAAUCUUCAAACCUUGCCAUUAUUCUGGGUAGGGAAUGAUGGUGGGGAAUCCAGGCACAAGAGAAUGGGUAGGUUGAAUGAACUGAGAUUCCUUAACAAUCUCAGAGGAAAACUACAAAUUAAAAAUCUUUCAAAUGCCAGAGGCAGUGAAGCUAAGGAAGCCAUUUUGGAGGGUAAACAGUACCUUGAGUGCUUGAGAUUAGAUUGGGAGGGACAAGAAGCUACCGACGAGAGUGAGGAGGACGAGAGUGAGGAGGCAGUGUUAGUGAUGGAAAGCCUGCAACCACAUCCAAAUCUGAAGGAGCUCUUCAUAAUUUGUUACACAGGUGUGAGAUUCCCAAAUUGGAUGAUGAAUGAUGGGUUGGAUUUGUUGCUCCCAAACCUAGUCGAAAUUGAAAUAUCGUCUUGCGAUAGAAGCAAAGUUCUGCCACCUUUUGCACAACUUCCUUCUCUUAAAUAUCUAGAACUUUUCAAGCUAAUAGCUGUGGAGUGCAUGAUGGAUUACCCUUCAUCAGCAAAGCUAUUCUUCCCAUCUCUGAAGACACUCCAACUUUCUCAUUUGCCUAAUUUGAAGGGAUGGGGAAUGAGGGAUGUAGCAGCAGAGCAAGCUCCUUCAUAUCCUUAUCUUGAGGGUCUACGGCUGGACAACACCACUGUGGAGCUAUGCUUACAUUUGAUCUCUGUCUCUUCUUCAUUGAAGUCUCUGUCUAUUAGACGCAUAAAUGAUCUGAUAUCUCUGCCAGAGGGGCUUCAACAUCUUUCCACCCUACAAACUCUCACAAUUAGGGAUUGCUCAACGGAGCUAUGCUUACAUUUGAUAUCUUUUUCUUCUUCAUUGAAGUCUCUGUCUAUUAUAGAAAUGAAAGAUCUGAUAUCUCUGCCAGAGGGGCUUCAACAUCUUUCCACCCUACAAACUCUCACAAUUGAAUAUUUAUAUGGUUUGGCAACUUUACCAGACUGGAUCGGCCGCCUCACAUCACUUUCAGAGAUUUACAUUCAAGGGUGCCCUUAUUUAACAUCACUGCCAGAAGAGAUGCGAUCCCUCCGCCAUCUACACACACUUGAAAUCCAUGGAUCUCCAUACUUAUAUGAAAGAUGCCAAAAGGAAACUGGUGAAGAUUGGCCUAAGAUUUCUCAUAUUCCCAAAAUUAUCAUUCGGGAUGGUGAAGCAGAUAUGUGAAGCUUGCCUUGUCUCUUUAAUGAAUGCGUCAUCCACAAUAAAUUUCGGCGGAGGAUAACCGAUGCAUAUGGAACGAGUUAGCUCACUUACAUCACAUUCCCAACCUAUACUCUUUUUAGCAUGUUGUCCAUACUUUGUCUCCACUAUUCAGUAGAACAACAAUAUACCACUUGAGCAAGGAGCACAUAUUAUUGAAUCCAUGUGGUAAGUGGUUAAUUCUCGUCUCUCAAGUUUCUUGAUCGUGGGAAUCUAAAUGCUUUGGGGCGCAUGGAUAACAAUAGCGACAUAUCUCCCUCAUUUUCAUUGAGAGGCAAGUUGAUUUGAGGGGAGUAUAAAAUAAGGAGAACUAGCAGGACCAUUCUUCCCAUUCCUACCAUGAUGGAGGAAAAGAGAUGGUGGAGGGAUAGUAUCAAUAUCACUAGCAAAACAACAAAUUUGAAGGGAUUACCCAUCAUCAGCAAAGCCAUUAUUCCCAUGUCUGAGGACACUCCAACUUUUUUAUUUGCCCAAUUUGGAGGGAUGGGGAAGGAGGGAUGUAGCAGCAGAGCAAGCUCCUUCAUAUCCUUAUCUUGAGGAUCUAAAGCUGAGAAACAUCAGUACGGAGCUAUGCUCACAUUUGAUCUCUGCCUCUUCUUCAUUGAAGUCUCUGUAUAUUAAUGAAAUAGAAGAUCUGAUAUCUCUGCCAG